AUGCACAAACAAAUGUUCAAUACAUGGAAUGAUUACGAAGAUGCUAACGAGAAUAAAGAACUCUUCCACAAGCUGCUUAACGCCAUUCAUUUGCGCAGAAAGUACAUGCGUUAUAGUGUAUCGUGUAAAUUUUCACGGUAUUAUUACCGUAAUGGAGUAUUCUAUCUCGUAAAGGAUGACGCAGACAAAGGGAAAAAGGAUGAAAUUAACGCUUUUUUGGAAGAAUAUAGCACAGAAAAGGAACGGCUAUAUUUGAGCCAUACAAACUUGAGCGCGCAAAUCGACGGUCUCUCAAUUAAUACAAAUUUUAAUACCAAAGAUAGUGGCUGUCCAAAAAGUGAAAAUUUAAAGAAAAUGAGGAGUAUCAACGACAAAAACGGAGAUAUUCUGAAACCAAUACCAAUUGAAGAGUAUUACUCAGAUUGUGUCUAUGUGCUAAACGUAUGUAACAACAGACCGAUAAAAUCGCUUUCGUACAGGCGUUUGGAACAUCUCAAACACUCUUUCAACAUGUAUCGCAACAUAUCAGCAUCAAAAGAAAAGGAAGAGCAACAGAAAAAGAGCCGGAAGGAUUUUUAUACUGUAUAUAAGGUCGACAAUCAUAUACAUCAUUCUGCCGCAAUCAAUUGCAAGCAUCUUCUAAAGUUCAUAAAACGCAAAAUUAAAUUUAACUCGGAUGAUGUGGUUUACGAGAAAGAUGGAAAAGCAUAUACUCUCAGAGAGGUGUUCAAACAGCUGAACAUAACAGUAGACGAGCUUCGUAUAGAGAACAUUGAUACACACUCCCACACCGAUACUUUUCACAGGUUUGACCGUUUUAACAACAAGUACAACCUGCUGGGCCAGAGUCUUCUUAGGGAAAUUUUCCUCAAAUAUGACAAUUUCAUCAAUGGACGGUACCUUGCUGAAUUGACCAAGGAGUUGAUUAAUUACUACAAAGAAAAUAAAUAUCAAAAUGUGGAGCUAAGAAUAUCGGUGUAUGGAAAGGACAAGGACGAAUUUUACAGGCUUGCACAUUGGAUAGAAAGCAACAAACUGUACUCAAAGCACAUAAAAUGGGUGGUACAAAUACCCAGGCUGUUUCCAAACCUUAAAGAAAGGUGUAACAUUGAAUCUUUUGGUGAGAUGUUGCGGAACAUCUUCGAUCCACUUUUCAAGGCGACUGAAUUCGCUGAUGAAAAAGGAAAAGCAUUUGUGUGUAACAAAGCGUAUGAUGAUAGGUAUAAAGGAAUGUACAGAAUGUGUACUUAUAGAAAUUACAACAAUAGUCCCAAGGCUGAAGAUGACAAUACACGGUUCGACACUAAAUAUGUCGUUGGUUGCGAUACUGAUGAAAAUAACGGGAAAGAUAAUUCUAAAGAAGGAGAAAUGGGCGGUGAAGUGGCCAAAAACAAGUAUAUUACCUGUAAGAAAUGCGCUGGAUAUUAUUUGGAUAUGAGAACCAAUGUGGCAAAUAAUGAGACGAGCGACCAGGUGUUUUGUGAUCGCGCAGAGAGAAAAAAACAGAAUAACAGUGGACAAUCAAUUACUUCAUUAAAUAAAGGACAUAACACAACAACGAAUAUUUGUGGAAACAACCAUCUGCAGAGUGGAACAAACCAGUCAAAUGAGACGGUUCAUAUUCGUGGAAAAAAUAACCAAGGCAUAGACUACGGCACAAGAACUCAACCAGCAGCAUAUCUGCGUGAAGAAAGACCGCAGAGUUUCAAUAAAGUUAGCACAUCAUCUAAUGCACCCAGUUCAUACGAUGGUAAUGAAUGUAUCUGUUCCGUUGAUCCUUCAGAUGGGCCAAGCGAGAACGAAAAACCAAAAAGCGAACGAAGCGAAGCUAUCGCUAGGUUGAAUAGCGAGAAACAUAAGAUGUCCUUGAUCUGUAAUUUCCUCAAAAAUUUAGGUGGAUUUGACACUGUUGAUGACGAAAGCAUACGCGAAAGGAAGUACCAUCAAAAGUUUCCAUCUCCUGACGAAUGGACACAUAGUGAAAACCCGCCAUAUUCCUAUUAUAUUUAUUUUUUAUACAGCAAUAUAAAAAUGCUCAACGAUUUUCGGCGUUCGAAAAAACUAAAUACAUUCAAAUUCACACCACACAGUGGUGAAACUGGUGACUAUGAGCAUCUGGUAAAUGCAUUCCUGACGGCUGACAGCAUUUGUCACGGUGUUCAGCUGCGUAAAUGUUUUCCGCUCACCUAUAUUUUUUAUAUUUGCCAAAUCGGAGUUACAAUGUCGCCAUUAUCUAACAACUCAUUGUUCAUUGCAUUAGAAAAAAAUCCUUUCAUCAACUUCUUCAAUAUUGGAAUGAAUGUAUCGCUUUCCACGGAUGAUCCACUUCAUUUCCACUUUACACGAGACCCCCUGAUGGAAGAGUAUUCAGUCAUCACCCAACUCUAUAAAUUGAGUAGUGUUGACCAAUGUGAGUUAGCAAGAAACUCAGUAAUUCAAUCUAAUUUCAGUUUUGAAUGGAAGAAAGAGGUCAUAGGAAAUUUCUACAAAGAGGGAACAGAAAGCAACGAUAUUGUUAAAACAAAUGUACCAAAUAUAAGAAUACAUUACAGAUGGCUAAUGCUAUGCAGGGAAAGAGAAUUGAUCGGAUAUGUGAUUACUAAGUGAUCGAGUAAUAUCUGAAAGAAGCUACUUAUUUUUCUAGAGAAGGUAUGAAAAUGAUAUAGGUAAAAAUAUC